GGGGGAAGAAUAAGUGUGGGGUAUGGCAAGAGAUCCCUCGAGAGACUACAAAAUUCGUUUGCUCCUCUCCUCCCCCCAACGUGACUCUUUUUGCUCCUCCUCCACCUCCCACAAGAGAGAGAGAGAGAGAGAGAGAGAGAGAGCUGAGCCGCGCACAUGGGAGAGCCAUCGAUUGUCCUGCCAAAGCAAUGACACGCCUGGGCUAACGGCAAACGGAGAGAACCCCUCCUCUCCUCCUCCUCAAGCCCACAUGGUGUGUGUCGUCGCUUUCGCUUGGGGCUUCUCUUUUUUUAAGGAAAGAGAGGUGCUACAGGGAUGCAUGUUUUAGUAGGGACACACGGCAAAGGAAAGCAGCGGCAACGAUUGUUCUCCUGCGCCCGCCUCGGGUCUCGCUCCCCUCGGGAUUCCCUCUACCUCUCUCCACUUAUAUCCAACCCCCCCGUUGCUCUCCAUCCACACCCACUGCCUUCUACUACUCCAUCCGUCCGUAUACUCCACUUAUACUCACCACUCUUCGUCUUGGCUAAGUCUGCUAUCGUUGCUGGGACCCAGAGCGGCAGACUCCACCAUCCGUUCGUCUCUAUUAUCUCUCUCUCUCUCUCUCUCUCUCUCUCAACCCACUUCUCAAGGCUGCGUCAGGGAUUCCGUUCGGUAAGAAAUGCUCUACAAUGGAGAGAAGCUGCGCAUCCCCUCGACCAACGAAUGGCCACAGAACAUGGGCGAGAUGCUUCCCAUGCCCGGAAACAACAAGAGCGAGAACAACAACAACAGCAGCAGCAGCAGAAGCAGCAGCGAGAACAACAAGAAGAACGCUUCCACCACCACCACCAGCAACAGCAAUAGCAGUACCAGUACCAACAACAACAUGAUCCACGCUGCUGCUGCUGCUGCUGCUGCUGCUCCUCCUGGUGCAGCUAGGGUGAUGGACAAGCCGGCGCAGGACCAGCAGGUUGCCCUCAAAUGCCCCCGCUGCGACUCCUCCAACACCAAGUUCUGCUACUACAACAAUUACAGCCUCUCCCAGCCCCGCCAUUUCUGCAAGGCCUGCAAGCGCUACUGGACCCGCGGCGGCACCCUCCGUAACGUCCCGGUCGGCGGCGGCUGCCGGAAGAACAAGCGUGUCAAAAAGCCGACCUCCGCCGCCGCCGCCGCCUCCGAUCCUCUCCCGUCUCCUCUCAUGCCUCCAACUAGCUCGGUUCCUUCCAUCUCCCUUCCAAACCCUACUUCCCAUCUCGACCCUCCUAUGAAUCCCUUGUUCUAUUCUCUCCCUACUGCAACUUCUUCUUGUUCUUCUUCCGAUUUGGGACUCGCCUUUUCGGGCCUCCGGACCUCGUCGGUCCCGCACGGCAUCUCCAUCCCUUGCACCGGCUUUGACAGCCUGCAGCAGCCGCAGCUCGACUCGCUCGGCCUUGGAUUCCCCUCGAGCCAGAGCCGGCGUGAUGAUGAAUUCCACCUAUCUCAGCUUCAGACUUCGGCUUCCGUCAUGAGCGACUAUCCACUCUUCGGAUCCACCGCCGCCUCGCUUCUGCUUUCGAGCCUCAGGCAGCCAAAGAAGCUGGAGGACUACCAGGCCCUGAUGUCCUACGAGGACCUGCACGCCGCCUCCGCGGAGGCGACUCGGAAUUUGGAGGUGAUCGAGGAAGUGAAGCAGGAAGGAGACUGCAAUGCGAUACAUACCAGCAGGAUAGAAUGGCAAAUUCCCUUCGACCAUUCCUUCGAUGCGAUUGUCCCAGCUGCUUCUACUUCUCUCGCCGGCGAUUCCUCCUUUCUUUAUUGGAAUUCCGCCAUCGGUGCUUGGCCUGAUUCUGCCAACUGUGGAUCGUCGGUCGCCCCUCUGAUCUAGUCCAACCCAACAGAAUCAGUAUUCCUCCUCCUCUUUUUGCUUCUUUCCUUCUUGCUAUCUUUACUCUAGUCUCUAAUUUUAUCUCACUGCUAUCUGUUGGGUUCGUCUUAGCGGAUUUGUAGAAAGGGUACGUAGUCGGUCGUUCGUUCGUUGUUGUCUUCUCCACCCACAUAUAUUCUACGUUCUUUGUAUUAGGGGCGUCGCGGCGGCGGCGGCGGCGGCGGCGGUGCGAGUGUGGAUCGGAGAGAUCAUGUCGGUUGCAAACGUCUCAAGCCCCGUGUUUUUUAACUUUCCCUUUUUUAAGUCCUUGUGGCGUCAAGAAGACCGUUUGCUCCGAGAGGAACCUCGGAUCCAUUCGGCGUAGUAUCUUCUCCGUCUCCGACUUUACCGUUGGAUGAUUUCCUUUCGGAUUGGAAAGAGAGCAGCACAAGGAUGAGCAAUGGAGCUGAAGCAGGAAGUUUGUUUUCAUGUAUGUAUAUAGGCAUUGGCAUACGUCCUCUUUUCUAAUGUAUUGGGUAUUGAGUGGUUGGUUUUUCUUGCAAGCAUACAGACAAGGGAUCUUCAUCUUUCUCAGACGUGUGAUAUUACUGCUGUAGAAGCAAUUCGGAACUAAUAAGUUUUUUUUUUUUUUUCAUUUCUUUCUUCUUUUUUCAGCUUUUGGUUGGUUAGAAGAAAGAUCUGGUAGAAUAAUUAUCUAGAGUGGGAUUUCUUUCCAAUAAUGUGGGUGGUGUUUGUGGCGUUCCUCUCAUUGUAAGAGAUGUCAGCUUCGCUUUUUCUUUUUUUUUUCCCUCAUUGUACUGUUGUUGGACUGGAAGUGCUUUUUCUUUGUUUUACUGAUUCAUGUUAAGAAACUUGAAUACUUCAAAUGAACUCAGAAUCUCAGGUAUCUCUC